CAUGAUGGAUCCAUUUGCUGAUAAUAAUCAUUCAAUGCAAAUAUCGGAAGACACAACUUCUCCAGCUUUAGGGAGAUUGGAACUACCUGGGGUUGUAAGAGAAUUAUCUAACAUACAUAAAGGACAGACUUGGAAAUUAAGAAACCAGAAGCAGACAUCGGAGAACUUGAAGGUCCAGUUGGAACAAGCGAAAGAGAACUAUGAUACCAACCUUAGAGUUUUGUCAGAAUUGACUCAACAACUCAAUCAGUGUGAAACGCAAAAGAAGUUACAAGAAUGCACCAAACUGGAGAAAGACAUUUCAGAACUUUUGAAAAUGUGCCAAAAUGUACAAAUGGCAACGAUAUUUCAAACCAAAUUUGUUGCAGAUGAAAAAGAGCUAAUUAAAAGAAGUCAGAAAUUGAUGCAAGAACAUAAACUGAAGGCAAACAAAUUAUGGUGCAACCAGGAAGAUGAACUAAACUUAGAGAAGCAGAAGUUGCUGGUUCAAUCUCUGAAAGAGAAAUGGAAAGAGAUAGAAGCCAGAGAAGACACAGAUGCUGUACUAAGUGGGCUGGCAGUGAAAGAAAAGGAAGAAGAAUGUGAUGCACUGAAAGAAGCAGCAGAGAAGAAAGUAAUAGAAAGUCAAGAGAUCAAAAGUCAAGUGGAAGAACUGAAAAAAGAACUCCAACAACUUGAACUCUCAAUAAGUGUUUUACAUAAACGUAACAAAGCCCAGUUAAUAAGACUGAAGAAGCAAUUCAAUGUAAUGAAGAACCAGAAUGCAAACCUCAAAGAACAAGAAUCUCUGUUAAACAAACAGAUUAUUGAUAUGCAACAAGGGAUGUGUGUGAAGAAAGAGAACCUUAACAUGUAAUAUAUAGGAAGAUGGUUGAAAAAAUUUAGACACAGACAUGGCUGUAUGGUUAAGAAGUUUUCUGCAGGCCAUGUGGUUUGGGGUUUGGUCCCACCUUCUGUGUUAAGCUUUAGAUAAACAAUACUUUCUGAGUGAAAUUUGGUACAUGAAAACUGUUCAGAAGCCUGCCAUAUAAUAACAACAACAAUAAUAAUAA